AAAAAAAAAAAAGAAAAAAGAAAAAGCGUAGAAGAUCCCGGAAAAAUAGCGCAUGUAAUGUAAUCUUAAUACUUGGGGUAGAUUAGCAGCAUGGGUGUCAAAAUAGAGAUAUUCAGGAUGAUGUUGUACUUGUCUUUUCCCGUGGCAAUGUUUUGGAUUUCAAACCAAGCCGAGUAUUUUGAGGAGUAUGUAAUCAAACGAAAGAGGGAGAUCUUUCCUCCUGACGAAGAACUUCACAGAAAAGAGUUCGAGGACUUCAAAGAACGAAUGCGUAUUCGCAGAGAGCAGCGGAUGUCUGUGGAAUCAAAAAACUAAAGACUCUUUUUACAUUGGAUAGCAAUGUCCAAUGAAGUUAUUGAAGAUUGAAAAUAUAAGCAUAUAUUGCUUAUAUAUCUUAGUAAUGGAGAACAAUUUUUAAAAUUCUUUUUGCUUUUGAUAUUUCACUUGGGGUGGCAGAGUGGCAAGCACAGCACAGGUUGCAGGUUUGACUUUUACAUGUUUCUCUGUGUCUGGAUGGGUUCUUUGGCCACUCUGGUUUCCCCAUCAAUCUAAAACAUUCACACUGGGUAAAAUCCUGCAGCUAUGAUUGUCCUGUCUAAGACUAUCGCUCAUGAUCUGGUCAUGGGCACUUGGCGGAUGCUGCACUGACUCAGCUCACUGCUGCUGAUUGGAUGGACAACAAUACAAUGAACAUACCACUAUAAAAUGUAUUUAUAAUACUUAAUUAAAGGAAAGCCACAUUAUUUUGAACUCUGAUGGAGUGCUUUAAUUAUCUUUAUAGAUGCAACAAAUUUUAUUCACAAUGUGAUUGGUAUGAUUGAUGUGAUUAUAAAUAUGUCAUGUUUAUAACACAUAUGGAAUGCCUAAUGUCUGAAGUGUGACGUUAUCUAUCCAGCUCUCUUCAUCAGUGUUAGGAGCACUGAAGUAGAUCAAUGGUUAGGGGCAGUCCCAGUGAAUUGCCAUACUAACAGUUGUAAAUAGACAUUUCUUGAUCUAUCCCAGUCUCAGUCCAU